UCAGAUACACCUCCAACUCCUUCUACAGAUGCUCCUUAGAUGAUUAUCUCUGAUUAUAACGUCUACAAGGAUACAACAUCAGCUCCAGACUCUUGGCUUGGAUUAAAACUCGGGAUUUAGGUGCUGUUUUUUUCUCUUGACCCCUUGAGAGAUCACCUGGAUCGUGAAGAUAAUGGUGUCAGUGAUAGGAGUGAAGAGGUGUUGGAAUUGAUGAUUGCCGAGUGGAAUUCAGACGCUGCAUUCGCGAACAGGGGGAACGGGGAAGAAGAGCAGGUGACUGAAGGAGGAAGACGAGGAGAGGGGGAGUAUGGGCUGCGUUUCUUUGUGGAUCAUUCUGCUGUCACUUUCACUCUCUCAACAAAGUGUUGCAGCGCGACCUGAAGUUUGCAGGACGGUGGGCCGGGCGGACCUGGUGUUUCUGGUGGACGAGUCCAGGAGUGUGGGUCAGGCCAGCUUUUCCAGAGUCAAAGAUUUCAUCUCAGCAGUGAUUUCCUCCUUUCAGGACAGCGUGAUGGGAGCUGAGGGGGUUCGCUUCGGAGUCACCGCCUUUGGGGACGUUCCCAGGAUGCCGGUAGCUUUGACAGACCACGGCACCCUGGAGGACGUGCUCGCAGCCGUCAGAGAGCUCACCUACGAGGGCGGAUCCAGGAGGACUGGCACUGCCUUGCAAUUUCUUGUUGACUCUGUCUUCAGCCCCGCCAUCAGUCGAGACUUCACUCCGAAGGUUGCUGUUUUGAUCACAAACGGACGUUCGGACGACCAGGUUGAACCUGCGGCCAGAGCCGUAGCAGACGAAGGAAUUACGCUCUUUGCAGUCGGUGUCCGGGGAGUGGAUGAGUCGGAGCUGAGAGGGAUUGUGUCUGAGCCCUACGAGGAGCAUCUGUUACAGAGCCCUGACUUCUCCCUGCUGGAGACGAUCCUCCCCAAGCUGUCCCGCAGGGUCUGCUUCACGGCCUCGGAGCCGCCACGGCCAAAAAAAACCAAGCAAACAACUGAGGAGCGUGUCGUGGGUCCCAGGGACCUGCAGGUGAGCGAGUUGGCCCACGCCUCCCUCAGACUGACGUGGAGCCAGGCCACAGGUGACGUGACCGGGUACCGGCUCCUGGUCACCCCGGUCAGCUCCCAGGGACAGCUCCUCCCCGCCCAGCAGAGAGUGAUGGAUCUGAAGGCAGAUGUGAGCACCGUCAUCGUGACGGAGUUGAGUCCAAAGACGGAUUAUUCCCUCACUCUGUAUGCCGUGUACCCGAGCCUUAUAGGGGACUCUGCAACCAUCACAGUAAAGACAACCCCUUUGCCCAAAGUGUCAAACUUCCGCGUUAUUGAGGAGGGUUUGUUCUCUCUGCGCCUCGGCUGGACUCCUCCCCUGGGGAAGCUCAGUGGAUUCAAGAUCUUUAUCCCAAGAUCCCAGCGACCAGGAUUAACGUACGAGCAGCUUCUUCCUGGAGACGCCUCUUCUCAUGUGAUCGACAGCCUGGAGGGGGAUAAGAAGUACACCAUCAGUAUUUAUGCCAUCUACCCCCAAGGACCAAGUGAACCUGUUUCAUUAGUGGGAAAGACACUGAAGCUGGUACCGGUGCAGCAGUUUCUGGUGCAGAACGCCACCACCGACACUGUCCAGGCAAGGUGGGCGUCAGUCAAAGGUGCAACAGGAUACCGUCUCACCUGGGCCACUCCAGACGGCGACAUUGAAAACAUAAACCUUGGGGACAACUUUAACUUCUACAUGAUCCAGGGCCUCCGUCCCGGCUCUGACUACACCGUCACCAUCAACCCCAUCUUUGGAGACAUUGAGGGGCCUGUCACCUCCACCAACGUCAACACACUGGACAGUAGUGCCGUUCAGACUCUGACGGUGUCUGCCGUGAGCACCAGUACAGCCGUCAUCUCCUGGAACAGCGUCCCGGGGGCCACGGGGUACCGGCUGGCCUGGGGGCCCACCCCAGAGUUUGUGGGCCGGGAUCGUCCCAGGCAGUUGGCUCUGAACGGCAGCAUCACAGAGUACCAGCUGAAGAACGUGGCCCAUGAUACGGAGUACGUCCUGACUCUGUACGUGCUGUUUGGAUCGUUGGUUGGACCUGGAAUCUCUGGAACCUUCAAAACCUCUCCUUUGGGUUAUGUGUCCAACUUCAAGGUGACGUCCUACACCAGUUCCUCCAUAGAUGUUGAGUGGAGUCCCAUUGUUGGAGCUACGGAGUACAAACUGUCCUGGGACACAGAUGAUAAGCCGCCCCAGUCCCAGUAUCUGGACCGCAGCGUCCUCUCCCACCGGAUCCCAGACCUGAACCCGCGGUCCACGUACACGGUCACCAUCCGUGCCGUUUACGGCAACUCGGAGGGGCCAGAAAUCUCCCUGUCUCAGCUCACAGCUGCGGUCUCGGACUCUGGGCCGAUCCAGGCCGUGAGUGGGGUGAAAGUCGUGGACAUUGGGGUAAACUCCUUCACCCUGUCCUGGAAGAAAACACCAGGGGUUUCUGGGUACAAAAUCUCCUGGGUGCCCUUCCUUGGAGGUAACGAGAAGUCCCAAGUGGUGUCUGCGUCUUCCACCUCCUUCACCAUCCUGCAGCUGCAGCAGAGCUCGGCUUAUAAGAUCCAGGUUUCCCCCAUCGUGGGCAGCAGAGAGGGGGGCCCGGUCCUGGUCACCGCUCGCACCCUGGAUCUGCCAAAAGUGGAGGGAUUUGUUGCUCUGAACACGACCGACAGCAGCACUGUCCUGAACUGGACACGCGUGGCCGGCGUCUCUGGAUACUUUCUCUCCUGGAGACACAUCUCAGUGCUGGAUACAAAGACGGAAACCCUGAGCCCUUCCUUCUCCUCCUUUAAGAUCGGAGACCUCCUGUACGGCAGGACGUACAUCUUCACCAUACGACCUCUGUACGGAGAGGUGGAGGGGCCUAUAAGCACCAUCUAUGAGAAAAUAUUGCAGGGAGAUGAUCCUGUUAAAGCGGGCCAGCCUGUACAAACCACCGCGGCUCCAAACUCCAUCCGUAUCACGACCGGGUCCCAGUCCUCCUCCGACGGCGACGCCGUCGUCACUCCAUCCGCCACAGAGGCCACCGGGCAUCCAACCGCUCCGUCAACCACUAAACCCUUCACAGCUAAGACUCCGAGAGUCACUGAAGCCAAAGCUGCAGACACGUCCCUAAAGUCAAAGACAACAGCUCCACAACCAGUGUGCGGGAAGCUGAAAGCCGACGUAGUGUUCCUGGUGGACGAGUCCUCGAGCAUCGGCGUCAACAACUUCAUCAAGAUAAAAGACUUCAUCUUCCGCGUGACCACGUACUUCCCCGUCAUCGGUCCACGAGGCACACAGGUGGCCGUGGUUCAUUACAGCGACGAGCCUCGCAUUGAGUUCCGUCUAAGUGACUACAAGGACAGAAACUCGGUGCUCAGGGCCGUCAGGGGGCUGCGUUACGGAGGAGGCAACACCAGGACAGGAAAGGGCAUCAGCUACGUUCUGCAGGAGCUGUUCCAGGAGUCUCUGGGGAUGAGGCAGGACGUGGCCCACGUCCUGGUUCUGAUCACAGACGGCCGGGCCCAGGAUGACGUGACGCCGCCGUCCAGAAUCGCACACGCUUUGGGGGUCAGCAUCCUGGCUGUCGGGGUUUCUAACGCAGACAUCGAGGAGCUGAAUAAAAUUGCAUCUCCCACCAGCUACAAAAACAUCUUCUACUCCCCGACCUUUGACGGCUUCCCCUCCGUAGAGAGAGAGUUUAUCAACAGCCUCUGCGGUGAGGAACUUCUCUCCGAGUUCACGCUGCAGGACGAGAGUGCUCAGUUAGACACUCCAACUGAAGACCCGGAGGAGCAGGAAAAGCCUCAGGGUCCCUGCUCCUCCCAGUGUGUAAAGGGCCAGAAAGGAGAAAGGGGGGAUGAUUCAGGUCUUGGAGGGCUGAGAUUCAGGCAAAGCCCCGGACGUUAUGAUCCUUUCACGUCCUCCAAAGGAGAGAAAGGAGAGAAGGGACCGACUGGAACAGAUGGUAUCCCUGGGUUGCCAGGGCGACCAGGAAGAACUGGACCCCCGGGUUCUGCCGGACAACGGGGCCCUGCAGGCGUCCCGGGUGACAUGGGUCAACCUGGACAGACUGGCUCUAAGGGGCAGAGGGGGGAACGGGGGGAUCCUGGAUAUAUGAUAGCUGGCACCGAUUCAAACUUCUUACCCGGGCGAAAAGGAGAGCCCGGAUCUUCUGGCCCCCAGGGACCACCUGGAGUGCCGGGUGUCAACGGAGCUCCAGGUCUGCCGGGCCCGUCAGGACCACCGGGCUCACCGGGAAUAUCUGUCAAGGGAGAUCAAGGAGAGCCAGGAGCAAAAGGCGUACGGGGGAAGCAGGGCAUGAAAGGAGACAAAGGAGAGGCGGGGAAAAGACGUGAGGACAUAACUGGCAUUGCGGGUUUGCCUGGACCUAUCGGCAUCGAUGGGGUACCAGGGCUGCCAGGUCAGAGAGGAGAUAAGGGUGAAGAAGGAAUUGGUAUACAAGGCACUCAAGGUCCUCGUGGAGAGCCGGGACUGAAGGGGAAUAUUGGUUUAAUAGGACCGGUGGGCUCUAAGGGUGAGCGUGGAGAGCAAGGCAUCCAGGGAAUCGUCGGCCCUCGGGGGAAGAAGGGAUUCAAAGGGGAGAAAGGUGAUAAGGGAGACCGUGGAGAAAUUGGACCUAUUGGACCAAAAGGACUCCAAGGACUGACGGGGCCGAUAGGGCUGAAGGGAGACGAAGGUCCACGAGGAACCCCUGGAGAUCCGGCCAAGGGUAUAAUCGGUCCAACUGGAAAAAAGGGAACCAGGGGAGACGUUGGUCCGGUUGGUUCCACGGGUCCCCAGGGCAUCAAAGGAGAACAAGGGAACAAAGGAGACAAGGGAAGUCCAGGUUUUGGAAUUCCUGGACAGCAGGGACCGAAGGGGCUGAACGGUGAACGGGGAAAUGUUGGUUUGUCUGGAAGACCAGGACCAAAGGGAAAAGAUGGAUUUAAAGGCGACAAAGGGACUGUUGGCUUGCCUGGCAAUCCUGGAGAACCUGGAUUAAGAGGUAAAGAUGGAUCUGGAGCUGACGGGGAAAAAGGAGUGAAGGGCGACCAAGGACCAGCAGGAGAAUCUGGUGAGAGAGGAAUAAGGGGUCCACUAGGGUUACCAGGGCGACCCGGCGACGCCGGUGAAAAAGGCGACUCUGGGAAUCUGGGUCAACCUGGAACUGAUGGAGGUAAAGGAGACAAAGGAGAGCCGGGGAAACCUGGGCCUCCAGGAACACAAACUAAUGGAGAAAACAACAUCCUGGCCAGAGUGAUUAAGGGGGAUCAAGGAGAGCCUGGUGGGCCUGGCAUUAGAGGAGAAACAGGUCUUCCAGGACCCAGAGGUCCAGAGGGGAAACCUGGACGGCCAGGGACGUCUCUGGGUGCUGGAGGAAGCAACGGUGUUGAUGGGGAACCAGGAAAACCAGGAAUGAAGGGUGACAAGGGACAACAAGGGGAACCUGGUUUGAGUGGAGACAAAGGCGGGCUUGGAAUAGCAGGGAUUCCUGGUUUGCCAGGAAUUGCAGGAAAAGCCGGCUCUGAUGGGAAGAGAGGUCCGACAGGAAAAGAAGGAGAAAAGGGACUGAAAGGAGAUGAUGGAACAAAGGGUGACAAAGGAGAUUCAGGUGCAAAUGGCAAAGACGGGAGCAAAGGGGAACCAGGAGCUCCGGGGAAGCAAGUACUUGUCACUACUGAGGGCUCCACAAUUGAUGAAAUCCGUCAAGCAUUUCCACUUCCAAUGGGUCCUCCAGGCGCAACCGGUUCACCGGGACUUAAGGGAGAGAGAGGAGACGGAGGCCCUAAAGGGGAGAAGGGUGACGCUGGGGCUCCUGGAAAGUAUCUUGAAAUGAAGGACGUUGCAGAGAUGUUUGAAUCCUACGGUAUCAGGCUUCCUCUGCUGAAGGCUUUGAUUGACAGGUUGCUGCAGGACGGAGUGGAGGAGCUGCUUCACGUGCUCAACACCUCCAAGAAAACAAAAGACAACACAGGGACUCAAACCAACGUCAUCGCCGAGUACACGAAUUCUCUCAAAUUUGAGAAGCAGCCACUGUUGGAUCUGAAAACCGAGGACCCUGACACACUCGACCAGACUCCUGAAACCCUGUUGAAUGAUCCCUUAAAUGAGACUUCGGAGACUCUGUGGAGCCUCACGGCCGCGCAGGGAGAGCAGAAUCUGAACGGGAGUGAAACCGGGUUAAAGGAAUCCAGAGAGAAGGAGACUGUAAACUGGGACGUGAAUGAAGCAUCGUCAAACCUGAGUGUUGACAACUCUACUUUCAGUUAUAUCACAGUUAAGGAGUCGGUUUCAGAGUUACCUGAAACUGUAAAGGAGACUGUCGUCCUCACUCAGGAGGACCAGCUGAAGAAGAAUCCGUCACCAAAGAAGAAGAACAGGGAACGUGGGAAAGGCAAAGGAAAUAAAGGACGACAGAGGAGGCAGAGACAACGCCUGACAUCUGAAGACCACAAGCAAGAAGAAGAGUUUUAUAACAGUGACGAAUACAGUUAUGACUACGAGGAGGAACUUUCCCCAGACGUCGACCCCCCCGCCUCCCGGGAGAGAACGGAGAGCAGAACGGAGGGACCGGCACCAGCAGACGGUCCUGACCGUGAAACCUCCAGACGAGCUGUAACGUCAGGCAGGAGGACAGACGCACAUGUGAGCAGACAUUAUGGAGUUCAGACGGCCCCGACUCCGCCGUCUCCACCCACGGGUGAUGCUGACGAGGACGAGGUGACGCUGCCUUCUCCGCCAAUCGCCACGGAAAAAUCACAGCAGACGUCUCAACGUCAAAUCAGAGUGAAAAGAGGCGCCUACCGGCCUGACUCCAUGGUGUUUCUGCCAGGUGCUCCAGGGAGAAAAAGACCGGCUAAAGACGGCACAAAACCAACUCUCCUCUGGAGCUCAAGGUUACCGAAACGCACAGCACAAAAAUGCCAACCUUCAAAUGCUUACAAGAGGAGAGAGACGGAGACACAGAGGAGGAGGAGAGGAGAGGAGUGGGAGAGGAGGAGAGAGGAGAUAGAAGGGUACGACGAAGAGACUGGACGGCCUUAUCCGAAUUCUCCAAAGUAUUUUCUCCUGAAGGGACAACCGGGGGAGAAUGGAGGACCAGGACCAAAGGGUGAAAUUGGUGAAAGGGGACAAAAGGGAGAACCAGGACUCGGGCACCGAGGGCCCGAGGGCCAGGCCGGUCCUCCGGGACAGAAGGGUGAGCCGGGGGAAUCGGGGCCUCCCGGACCUCAGGGCAUCCAGGGUAUCCGUGGUAACCUAGGGAUGCAGGGAUUAACGGGAAUCAGGGGUCUUUCUGGGGAUCCUGGAGUCCCAGGGAGAGAAGGUGAACGGGGCAAAAGAGGGAAGAACGGAUCUCCUGGAACUCCAGGGCAUCAAGGCCAACCAGGACCUGAUGGUGUUCCUGGAGAGCCUGGAGUCAGAGGAGAAAAGGGUGAGAGUAUUCCUGGGGAGCCCGGUGCGCGGGGGCUGCCCGGCCUCUCGGGGAGACGGGGUGAAAAGGGACCUCCGGGUGCUAAAGGAGCUCCUGGUGUUAUUGGUCCAAAAGGCUUACGAGGCUUCAGAGGUGGAAAGGGAGAUCGAGGGUUACCUGGAGUCAGAGGAGAGCGGGGAAGUGUUCUUGAGAUUCACGGACCUCGAGGGUCCAAGGGCGCCAAAGGCGAAGUGGGUGAGCGAGCUCCACCCGGCUUUGACGGGGACAAAGGAGAAAAGGGGGAGGACGGUCCCCCUGGUACCAAGGGUAUCAAGGGGGAUGCCGGCACUAAGGGCGCCCUGGGGCGGUUCGGUGCACGCGGACCAGGGGGUCAGAAGGGGGAUCCAGGAGAGCCGGGACUCAACGGAGUGAUGGGCCGAAACGGAGAUAAUGGAAAGGAUGGAGACAAAGGGGACAAAGGUGAACUGGGGCUGCAAGGCCAGCAGGGCCAGCAGGGGGAUCCAGGAGAACCCGGCUCACCAGGAGCCCAAGGGGUAAAAGGAGAAAAGGGUUUCAGGGGUUUUCCUGGACGCAGCGGGAGUCCCGGUGAAGUGGGAGAAAUGGGAGAUGGAGGUUUAUCCGGCAGCCCAGGAAUCCCGGGGCUGAACGGACUCACGGGACGCAAGGGUGAUAAAGGCGUUGGGGGGAUCGAUGGCUCUGAUGGGGAUCCAGGACAGAAAGGGGAAAAGGGUGCAGGAGGUUUCCCGGGUUUCCCGGGAUUUAAAGGGUCAGUGGGGAGUCCAGGACGGGAUGGAGAUGACGGACCCCCUGGACCGCCUGGUCCCCGUGGAGGAAUAGGACCUAAGGGGGAGAGAGGCAGGAGAAGCAGGCCGAGGCUGUGCCAGAAAGGAACAUCCGGCACCCCGGGGCUGAGAGGAGACCCGGGAGCCGUGGGUAUGGAAGGAGCAAAAGGAGACAAGGGGGAGCCUGGACUAUCGGCAGGAGAAGUGAAGGAGCUGGUCACCCUGGAGGUGGUGGAGAAGUGCGGGUUGGAGUACAAGUUCAUGGUCAAAUCUGUGGAUCCAGAUGCAACAACGACAGAGACUGGGAGUCAAAACGAGCCGGAGGAAGAUGAUUUAUCCGUUAACGGAGACCUCGAUGAAGAAGACGUGGAAGUGGAAGAUCAAGCUGUGAAACGGGAACAAUACAACGAAACGAAGGGGGAACUUUCCAGUCCUGCUGCUGUGAACCGUACCGAUUCUCACAGAGGAGAAACUGUGGAGUCGGGACGGAGGAAAAGACGAGUAUUUGGAGCAGAAACUGUUCCAGUAUCGGACCGCUGCCUGGAGCCGAUGUCGGAGGGCGCCUGUUCGGACUACGUCCUGCUCUGGUACUUCCACGCCCCGUCGGGCGAGUGCAGGCCCUUCGUCUACGGCGGCUGCGACGGCAACUCGAACCGAUUCCCCUCCAGACAGCAGUGCCAGAAAGUUUGCUGCUCGAGUCGAACUGCCGGCAGCCAAUCAGAUAAUUUACCUUCCAACAGCUGAUGCAGUGACUGGAAAAUCUUUUUUCUUCAUAAAAAAGGGCAAUUUAAAGGAAAUAACUGUUUACGUUUAUCAUACAAAACUUCCAAUUCUUCCAGAUUAAAGAUAAAAACAACAACCAGCAAAAAUUGAUGCUGAUUUUUGUACAUUACUGUGUAAAAUGUUACUGGUAUGCAUUUGAAUUUCUUUUAUUUAUACAUGUUUUGACAGCAGCAGCUUCUUGACUUCCUUUAGGGACAAAUCUGAGGAUGAAAGUGAAUGUAAUUCAUGUAAUUCAUUUGUUUUAUAGCUGUUUCUGAACCUGCCGGAGCUUUUUCAAACGCCAUCAUGUGAUCUUGCCACAGAGAUAUUAAACCUGACCUCUCUUUUGUA